AUGGAAAGGCCGAAUGACUACGAGGGACAGGAAUCAUCAGAAACCUUCGAUAUCAAAUUCGAAAGACCAGUCUUUAUCCGUCAAGGCAAAAAUGUUGAGCUGAAAAGAGAAAAGAGGGUCCAAAAACCUCUUAAGAGUGCCUGUAAGCCAAGCCACGGUACGAGAGUCAAAAAUCCCAGCUCGAAGCCACUUAUCUUUGUGCAGGAGGAUUUGGACAAUUCUCAAAGCACCUGCUCCGAUGAAGAAAGUCUAAAGCCACCUAAAAAGGCUACCAAUCGUGAAACAUACUACGAGUACGGAGAGUCUGUGGGCGGCUAUAGAUUUGUUGGCACUGAAAGGGAGAUGCUGGACUUUGAGAGCUCGAAAGGCGCGAACAGAAUCCAAAAGUCGGAUUCAUUCGAUGCACAGUCAUUUGACCGACCGAAUCUGUCGGAAAAGCAGAGAUUUAGCACACACGACUAUAUUGUACGGUACUGGAACCAAGAUAAAGGCGGUAGCGCAUUAUAUUUUCCGAUUCUAAGCGCAAACCGUGGCGAGCACAUCCAUAUCAAUGAUCUGACGGCAGACCGCGUCGAACAGUUCUACCUGCACAGCUGCUCGCAACUUGGCUUCGAUCUGCCGUCGAUCUUGAAAAGAGAGAGACUGAAAUGGCACCCCGACCGACUGUUGGGCAAGCUUGCCCCCGAGGACGCGGGAACCGUGAGGAAAAUUACAAGGCUUUUCCAGAUCAUCAACGAGCUUUGGGAGUCCCAAUAG